GCGACCAGGGCGGCAGCCACACGCGCUCCGCCCGCGCCGGCCCCCCGCGCGGCCCAUGUCCUCUGCGCCGCCGCGCUCGCCCACUCCGCGGCCCCGCAGGAUGAAGAAGGACGAGUCGUUCCUGGGCAAGCUGAGCGGCACGCUGGCGAGGAAGAAGAAAGCCCGGGAGGUGAGUGACCUGCAGGAAGAAGGCAAAAAUGCCAUCAACUCGCCGAUGUCCCCGGCCUUGGUGGACGCUCGCCCUGAAGACACCCAGCUAGAGGAGAAUGAGGAGCGCACGAUGAUCGACCCCACCUCCAAAGAUGACCCCAAGUUCAAGGAGCUGGUCAAGGUGCUCCUGGACUGGGUCAACGAUGUGCUGGUGGAGGAGAGGAUCAUUGUGAAGCAGCUGGAGGAGGACCUGUACGACGGCCAGGUGCUGCAGAAGCUCCUUGAAAAACUGGCAGGCUGCAAGCUGAACGUGGCUGAGGUGACACAAUCUGAAAUAGGCCAGAAGCAGAAGCUGCAGACGGUUCUGGAAGCCGUGCAUGACCUGCUGCGGCCCCACGGCUGGGUGCUGCGCUGGAAUGUGGACUCAAUCCACGGGAAGAACCUGGUGGCCAUCCUGCACCUGCUGGUCUCUCUGGCCAUGCACUUCCGGGCCCCGAUCCGCCUUCCCGAGCAUGUGUCCGUGCAGGUGGUGGUCGUGCGGAAGCGAGAAGGCCUGCUGCAUUCCAGCCACAUCUCAGAGGAGCUGACCACAACCACGGAGAUGAUGAUGGGACGGUUUGAGCGGGACGCCUUUGACACGCUGUUCGACCACGCCCCGGAUAAGCUCAGCGUUGUGAAGAAGUCACUCAUCACCUUUGUGAACAAGCACCUGAACAAGCUGAAUUUGGAGGUGACGGAACUAGAGACCCAGUUUGCAGAUGGCGUGUACCUGGUCUUGCUCAUGGGCCUGCUGGAAGACUACUUCGUCCCCCUGCACCACUUCUUCCUGACCCCGGACAGCUUUGAUCAGAAGGUUCACAAUGUGUCCUUCGCCUUUGAGCUGAUGCUGGACGGAGGCCUCAAGAAGCCCAAAGCUCGCCCUGAAGAUGUGGUGAAUUUGGACCUCAAAUCCACCCUGAGGGUUCUUUACAACCUGUUCACCAAGUACAAGAAUGUUGAGUGACGGGGAGGCAGCAGCCGGGACAGUCUCCCAGCAAGAAGAGCAGCAUCUUUCUGUGCCCUGUGCCCUCCCAGGGAGGUGCCCCAGGCUUCCAGUCCCGGCCAUGUGAUUGCCACCCCACCCUGCCUUUCCUGGGUUAAUUUCCUUUGUCCCCUUGUUUGUUGUUCAUCUCCUCCCCAGGCACUUAGAGCAGGCAAGGCCUCUGAGACGCGGGGCUCCAAACACCAGUGCUCGUGUUUGCGGCCUCGCCUAGCCUCCUUCCACGAUGCCAAGUCAGGUCUUGUCUGCCUUGACCAGAAGACGAAAAGGAAAAAUGCCCAAAUCCCAACGCUCUGCCAAUCGAGGGCCACCCUGUGUUCCAUCUGACAAAGCAGUUGGCCAUCACAGGUGCCCAGAAAUAUACUGGCAGCUUCGCAGGAGGGACCUGCUCCCCAGGGACCCCAGUCGCUCUCGGAGAGUCUCCUGGGCUGGGCUUUCCUUGGUGGCAAGGCCUUUUAUGUAAAUGAGUUUUCUAGUUUAAAAAACGUUAAAGUCCCAGAAGCUUUAGGUGUGAUGUGAGCGCCCCCCACCCCACGUUGCUACUCCUCCUUGGCCACUCAGUGUUGUUUUCAUUUGGCUUUUGCACAAAGAACAAGACCCGGGACAGCCCAGCUGCCACAGUCCAGGAAAGAACAGAGGGCCUGUCUUUAUUUCUCACUCGGCUGAGGGGGCUGGGUGUGGCGUUGGCUCUGAACGUGCUACUCGAGACAGCUGGUGCCAGAGCCCGCCAUCUCAGAGGCCCUGCUCGGGGAUGGGUUCAUUUUUAGAAACUUUGAAGAAAGCGGCUGCGUGAGUUCACUUCAGAUGCUGUGACAGAGUGCUGCAGACCCAACAGCUCGGUCCUAGAGGCGGGGAGGCCGAGAUCAAGGUGUCGGCUGGGCUGGCUGCGUCUGGGGCCUGUCUCCUUGGCUUGUAGACGGCCACCUUCUCCCUCUGUCCUCAUGGUCAUCCCUCUCCUCCGCAUGUGCCUGUGUCAUAGUUGCCUCUCCUUACAGGACACCAGCCCUGUUGGGUGAGGGCUCACUCUAAUGACUCAUUUAAACAUAAUGACCUCUUAAAGACCCCAGCUCCAAUGUAGUCACAUUGUGGGAGCCUGUAGUCAGCAUGUAAAUGGCGGGGGGGGCACAUAUAAGGUGUUCAUCCCACUCUUCCUGGGGCCCUAAUAACAUCUCCCUUUAAAGCACCCUAUUAAAAGAAAUG